CAGCAAUACUGCCUGCACAGCAUGCCUAGAACGGUUGGAGUCCCUCUCCCUUCUUGGCCCAAAGAUGCUCAAUUUUAUGGAUGAGACCCUGGAUCAGGCCCUUCCUCAGGAGACAGCUUCUUCCUUUGCCACAGAUUCUCACGAUGAGCUUGUGCAACUCACAUAAUCAUUUUGUACACUGGGGAUUAGUCCUUUGAUCUUGUCUGCUCAUGCUUUAAGCAUUAGCGGAAGGGCUGUCUGUAUGUGCUGUUGGAACCACCAUGCAGACUGAUAGAAAUCACAGGGAGCAGCAAAACCACCUUGAAUCCUCUCCUCCAAACCUUGCACCAAAUAAGAACAAGAACCUCCCCAGGAGUAUCUUGCUGCACUUUGCAUUUAUUCAUCAUCUGUGUUAUCAUUGAGCUGUUCUGCUCUCUUCAAGAGAACAUACUCACAAUUCUUUCCAAUAAAUAUUUUCCUUUGCUCUGUCUCUUCUCACUGCUUCUUACCUCUUGCAAACCAUUACUUGGCUGUGGGAGCUCUCACCCAUAGCACAGUUCUGUUCUGCCACCCCAGUUAACACUCUCCUGCCUUUCCCUAAAUAUGUUUUUUUAUUCCACUCACAUUUUGUCCAAGCAGGUUUUCAGGAAUCUAUACAGGUGAAUGGGGUCUCUUCAUACUGUCCUGACUGACUUACAUCUGGAAACACCUGUUGGCCAGUGACCUGGAGCAGAUGGCUUUGGCAUUGCAUGUACAAAUGUUUGUGUGCGACACCUUCAGGCAAAACUAUGAUGUUUCCUCUCAUCACCAGCAUGCACUGGUAUAUAAGAGCCUCCUGGGCUCUACCUACCCAGACAAGCAAAGAAUUGGGGAACAUUUUCUUGCUGUAAAUUUUGUUUGUCUAGUUAUCUCUUAUGAAAAGCAUAGAAAUGGCCUGCUAGUAGGAACUUCGUGCUUAACCUAAGCACCUUGAUAUGGGGCAAGUACUGAGCCUUUCCAGCACUAUAGCUGGGGUGGGAUGCUAAAAGCACAGCUGGUGGCAGGUAUGCCACUACAGGUGGGAAACCUGCCAGGCCUGCAGCAUCACUGUCUGCACUGCUGCCAGGGGCUGCGGCAGAGAGCAAGGGGACUUGGCUGGGUGUAUAAAGAAUGGAAGGAGGAUAAAUGGGGGAAAGGCUGUUGCACCUGGGGCUCUCCCUUCCAUCUCAUUCCUGCCCUGGGAAGGCUGCUCUGACUAGAAGCAUGCCAAGCCCCUUUAAAGAUGAGCACAGUGUACUUAUGAUGGUAGGACAUGGGAUGGAAUGGUGGCUGGCCAGAGUUACCAUGCGCCUCUUCCACCUCUCAGGUUGAGUUCACAUCUGUACCAGGUUGGUGGUGGGGAUGUGAAGCAGCUGACACAGGCAGCUUGAGCAGGGGCAAGUCAUCCCAGGGUGCUGAUAGGUCUUUAGGUAUCCUGGAAUCCGUGGUCACAUUAGGCUGGGACAGGGAGUACAGCACAGGACUGUGAUGUAGUGGGCAUAGAAGAGAUACAGGCUUGGGGGUGCUUUGAUAGCAAAAUAUUUCCCUAGUCCCUGAUGGUCUGGGUUCCUAUUCCCUUCUUUAUUUAUGUAGCUCUGUUUGAUUAUUCCUUUUCGAAGACAGCUUUACGCAACUAUUUCUGUUCCUCAUUCUGUUGUUUCUCUUUCAGAAGAUCUCAUUUCCUCAUUUUCUGCUUGAGCAAAUAAGCUCUCCCUGCACUCUUCCUUGAUUGCUGAGCCUCGGACCUUUAUAAAUACAAGCACAUGGUCAUUUGCUCCUUGUCAUGAACCUUCCCUGCUUGCACUGCAGACUGAAGAAAAAGGGAAUCAUCUGAGGCCCCUGCUCUGUGGACUCUCUGGGUUUCUUGUUGCAGGGAUUUCCUAAAAUGAUCAGGACACGAGAGAAGCUAGCAGAAUAUCUCACAGUGAUAAUAUUCACCACAUCGGCCCAGCAUGCAGGUGUAAAUUUUGGUCAGUAUGACUGGUGUUCCUGGAUUCCCAAUGCCCCACCAACAAUGCGCUGCCCUCCUCCAACAGAAAAGGGGACAGUCACGAUUGAGCAAAUUGUGGAGAGUCUGCCAGACAGGGGACGUUCUUGUUGGCACCUUGGAGCUGUCUGGGCCUUGAGCCAAUUCCAGGACAGUGAACCCACCAUGGAGCUCCUGGGAAUGACCACUAUUUUCUUGCUGAUCUGCGUCUCAUGCCUUCUGCUUGUCACCACAUGGAGAAACAGGAAGCAGCCUCCUGGUCCCAUCGCACUCCCCCUUGCUGGAAACAUGCUCCAGCUGAACCCAAAGAACUUGCCUGAAAGCUUGAAGAAGCUUAGCGAGAAGUAUGGUCCUGUCUUCACAAUACGUUUAGGCCCACGAAAGAUUGUGGUGCUGUAUGGCUAUGAUGUUGUGAAAGAAGCUCUGAUUGAUCAGGCAGAUGACUUCAGUGGAAGAGGCAAGCUGCCAAUACUUGAAAGACACUUCAAAGGCUCAGGUGUUGCGACCAGCAAUGGGGAGACCUGGAAGCAGCUCCGACGAUUUGCACUCACCACCCUGAGGGAUUUUGGGAUGGGGAAGAGGAGCAUUGAAGAGCGAAUCCAGGAGGAAGCUCACUUUCUGGUGGAGAGGAUCAGGAACACACAUGAGGAACCCUUCAACCCUGGCAUAUUCCUGAUCCAUGCUGUCUCCAACAUCAUCUGCUCCAUUGUCUUUGGGGAUAGGUUUGACUAUGAGGACAAGAAAUUUUUAACUUUAAUUAAUUUGCUAGAUGAAAACAGGAAGUACCAGAACGCUAUACAAACACAGCUAUACAAUUUCUUCCCAACCCUCAUGGAAUUUUUACCUGGGCCUCAUCAAAAAAUGAUAAAAAAUAAUGAAGAAGUUGAUAAAUUUAUUUCAGAAAUCAUAGCACAGCACCAGAAAACCCGGGAUCCUACUUGUCCUCGAGAUUUCAUUGAUGCUUUUCUUAACAAAAUGGACCAGGAGAAAGGGAAUGGUCACUCAGAAUUCACCGUUGAGAGCCUGAGCAGCAGCACACUCGACUUGUUCCUUGCAGGAACAGCGACUACCAGCACCACCCUGCAAUAUGGACUUCUGAUUCUCCAGAAAUACCCAGAGAUACAAGAGAAAGUUCAGAAGGAGAUUGAUGGUGUGAUUGGCCGAGACCGAAGGCCCUGCAUGGCAGAUCGGAGCCAGAUGCCCUACACAGAUGCUGUGAUCCAUGAAAUCCAGAGAUUUAUCGAUUUCAUUCCACUUAAUGUCCCACAUACCGUGAUCAAAGACACCAAGUUCAGAAACUAUUUUAUUCCAAAGGACACAAUGAUAUUUCCUUUGCUGACACCCAUCCUACAUGAUAGCAAAGAAUUUCCAAAUCCAGAAAAAUUUGACCCAGGACAUUUCCUGAAUGCAAACGGUACAUUUAAAAAGAGUGACUUCUUCAUGCCCUUCUCUGCAGGAAAACGCAUCUGUGCAGGAGAAGGUCUGGCCCGGAUGGAGCUGUUCAUAUUUCUAACAUCCAUCCUGCAGAACUUUACUUUGAAACCUGUUGUGCAUCACAAGGACAUUGACAUUACCCCAGUAGUCACAGUUAUGACUAAUAAGCCCCGACCUUACGAGGUCUCUUUUGUUCCACGCUAAGCAAAUGCCGACUGUUGCCGGCUACCACACUCAUGAAAGCUCUGGUUGAAUGACAGUCAUUUCUCGAUCUGCUGAGACUGAAACACUCAGAUCACUGCUAGAUACUUUAUAGAGAGAAAUAUGUUUAAUCGAGAAAA